AUGGGAGCCCGACCCGAGGGGGCUCAGAAGCCUUGCUUGAGGGUUCAGACCCUGUUUAAGAGGGUCAAGGCCUUACUCACCAAAGCCCCACCUCCAAGCCCACCCCCGCCCCCCUCCCGGAACCCGGGCUGUACACACGUGUAUGGGUAUGUGUUUGGACAUGUCCGUGAAAAUGACCUGGAGCAUCUCCCAUCACAGCAGGUGCUGGACACAGGAGAGCAGCUGAUGGUCCCCGUGGAUGUCCUCGAAGUGGAUAGCGUGGGGGCCCUCUGGAAGUUUCUGCUCUCGGGAGCCAUGGCAGGCGCGGUAUCCCGCACUGGCACGGCCCCUCUGGACCGAGCCAAGGUGUAUAUGCAGGUCUACUCCUCCAAGACUAACUUCAUGAACCUGCUGGGGGGGCUCCGAAGCAUGGUCCAGGAGGGGGGCUUCCGCUCCUUGUGGCGGGGCAAUGGCAUCAACGUCCUCAAGAUUGCCCCCGAGUAUGCCAUCAAGUUCUCGGUCUUUGAACAGUGUAAGAAUUACUUCUGCGGCGUGCACGGGUCCCCACCCAUUCAGGAACGGCUCCUUGCCGGCUCCCUAGCUGUGGCCACCUCCCAGACGCUCAUCAACCCCAUGGAGGUGCUGAAGACGCGGCUGACCCUGCGCCGGACCGGCCAGUACAAGGGGCUGCUGGACUGUGCAAGGCAGAUCCUGGAGCGGGAGGGCACCCGUGCCCUAUACCGCGGCUACCUGCCCAACAUGCUUGGGAUCAUCCCCUAUGCCUGCACCGACCUGGCCGUCUACGAGACGCUCAGGUGUUUCUGGCUGAAGUCAGGCAGGGACAUGGAGAAUCCUAGUGGCCUGGUCAGUCUGUCAUCUGUGACGCUGUCCACGACCUGUGGCCAGAUGGCCAGUUACCCGCUGACUCUGGUGCGCACCAGGAUGCAGGCCCAAGACACCGUGAAGGGAUCAAACCCCACCAUGUGUGGAAUCUUCCGGCGGAUCCUGGCCCAGCAGGGUUGGCCUGGGCUGUACCGAGGCAUGACUCCCACCUUACUGAAGGUGUUGCCAGCAGGUGGCAUCAGCUAUGUGGUGUAUGAGGCCAUGAAGAAAACCCUGGGCGUAUAG